AUGGCGCCAUCGUCCAAGACCAAGCUGGCUGCGCUCCUGAUGGCCCUAGCCGCCCUGUCGAUGGCGGCGGCCCAAGUGCCACCGCCUCCGCCGCCGCCGCCGUCCAGUGGGAACGGCACCUGCGAACCGCUGAAGCUGCGCGUGUGCGGCGGCCUGCUGAGCGGGCUGCUGGGCGGGCUCCUCCCGGGGGCCGGCGGGAACGGCGGCCAGUGCUGCCCGCUGCUCGGGGGGCUCGUCGACUUGGACGCCGCCGCCUGCGUCUGCGCCGCCCUGAGGGCCAACGUCCUCGGCGUCAACCUCAACGUCCCUCUCGCCCUGGACCGCCUGAUCAACACCUGCGGCAGGGACGUCCCCGCCGGCUUCACCUGCCCGCCGCCGGCUUGA